AUGGAGACAAAGCUUCCCAGAAAUCAUCAACCAGCACCGCCUCUGGCUACCUGUCAGCAGGCUGUUUCUGCUCCAUUUGACUCCCUGAAGCGCACAGUACACGUUACAGCCAAUAUGAACCUUUUCUGCUUUUCGCUGGAGGGGUCUAUGGACAGCUUGUACGAGGCGGUGCAGAGCUCCACCGACGGCCCGGCUCCGCCCAUCCCCAGCCGCUCAUCCAGCCGCUCCUGCAGCCGCUCCUGCAGUCCAGCAGUGCUGCUGGAUGACAACACGAGAUGGAGAGGCUCUGGAAGGUCUAUAUCCAUGGAUAUUCCGCAGACACACGGGGCCAACUCCAAUAAAAGGAAUAGAAGAACACACAUAUCAAAGUCCCUGUCAGACAAUGAAACACUGGAUAACCCCGGCUGUAAUGCAGCGAGGCAGUGUGCCAGGAGCCGAGAAGAUUUAAUCCACAUCACCAACAAUCACAACGAAGAGAUGAGAAAGCCUAAGCACCAAACAGACAAAAAGGGAGGUAAAGGAGGACAUCGUAACGGCACAAAGAAGAAAGAAAAACAAACAAAUCAGAGUGUUCACAGCAACGGAGUUAUAACAGAGCCCAAAUCUGCUGCCAAAAAGAACCUAAAGAACGGAAAGAAACCAGGAGGAAGGAGUGGGAAAGAUGUGUCCAAGAAAAGUCACAACAACAGAGUGAGUUCCCCUCCAAAAACAAUGAGCCCACCCUUGGAAUUACAGUAUUUGGAUGUGCCAUACACAUCUAGACCGGAUAGGAGGUUGUACCUGGGCAAAUCCUCCACCCUCCCCACCCCGGACAACUCAAACCCGGGGCGCUGUGUGGACAUGGUCAGCCUACCUGGAGGAGCGACACCCACCCACCACCAGCGCUGGAGCAACCCAGGGGACAGCAGCCCAGCCUGGGGGACCAUAGAGCACACCUGCUGCCGGCCUCUCACAGAGUACCGCAUCCUCCCCCAUGAAUUUGCCACCCUGCAUAGGAAGGAAUGGGAUGGGAAGCAAAAAGCAGUGAUGGACCACAAUGGAAGCCUAAAACGGAGCUGUCAGCUUCAACCAAAGGUGCCACGGUCUGUCACGGAGGUGGAUCUGUCAGAGCCAAAUGGCCAGGAGUCUGGGAAGUCAUAG